AUGGACCAGCAGGCUCCUUGCACAGGGCGGGCCGUGAACAAUUCUUCAAGCCUGUCCCAGUUGCAAACCACAUCCACACCUGCAUCCCCACCCCGGACGCUCUCGACUCUUUCAAGCUCCCUUACCACAUCGUCGUCCGUAUUGACCUCGGCCUCUUCUACGACAUUGGCCUCGUCUGCGGGUGCACCAUCGACCUCGUCGACUUCGACCACCCCGACGCCGACACCAGCUGCCACAACGCCGGUGCAACGCCCUCGCGACCGCUCCAAACGCUCUGCCUCUCUUUCCCACACCCUCUCGUCCUUCGCUUCGGGUACAGCUACAGCCCUCAGUAGGAAAAGCCGUCACGCCGAGCCAGGAACCACAGACGCACACGCAGAUCCUGCCAGUCUAUCUAUGCCGCCCCCGCCUCCUCCCUCACAAGCGUCCGGUGCCGCUUCCUCGAAUCCCCUCAGAAGCCCUCGUUCGUCUCUCUGUCGUAGCCGCCGCGAUUCCAACAAGUCUGUCGAAGCCGGGAUCGACUCCGAAUCCUUUGCGAGCGACAUAGUCCAGAAGAGCCCCAAUCCAGACCUUGAUGUGACGCGGUCCGGACUUGGCAUAUCUUCCUCAACUUCGACAUUCCAGCCCGACCGUCCCCUCACGACGAGAUCGUCCUUCACCGACUCCGACAUUAAGCGCGCCUCCAUAUCAUCAGUGUAUUCUCUUGCCUCUGCCCGCGGCGUCGCCCCGAGCUCUGCUGCAUCUGCCGCCGGAUCCGAGACGGGUGCCGCCCCUAGGUCAGUCUCCGGCAUCAUGUCUUCUGGCAAGCCAGUCGCUGGCUCUGUGCCUCCAAACCCAGAACUGUCCAACGUUACCGUUAUGACAUCCUCUACAAACCAGCACCUAGCCCCCCGCGAAACCCUUGAUGUUAUGAAGCGCACACCAGCCCCAGUCCGCACCGACUCGACCAUCAGAUCGCAACCAACUAGGUCCAGGAGCCGGGCCAAGAGAAGGUUCAGCGGGAGCACAGCGGCCAGCAGCCACAGCCCAAGCAGUGAUAGGGGCCCGUAUCACAAAGAAAGAGAAGAGGGUCAGUCUGACAUAAGUAGCUACCAACGUGUCAGUGCAGCGUCUAAUCCCCCUCCAGCCAAGCCCGCGCCGUGGGGUGUUAUCGGCAUCUGUGCCUUGGACGUGAAGGCGAGAAGCAAGCCCAGCCGGAACAUCCUGAACCGCUUGAUCGCCAAUAGGGAAUUCGAUGUUGUUGUGUUCGGCGACAAGGUCAUCCUUGACGAAGACUUCGAAAACUGGCCCAUGUGUGACUAUCUCAUCUCGUUCUACUCCGAUGGUUUCCCCCUCGAUAAGGCCAUCUCAUACGUCAAGGCCAGGAAACCGUUCUGUGUCAAUGAUUUACCAAUGCAGAAACUCUUGUGGGACCGCCGCCUUUGUUUGCACUUACUUGACAGUAUCGGAGUUCCAACGCCCAAGCGACUCGAGGUCAAUCGGGAUGGUGGUCCCAGUAUGUUAACGCCCGACAUUGCGAAAUACAUCAAGGACGUCUCUGGUGUUGAUUUUGAUCCCGACGAGCCUCGUUGGAGAUGCGCGCCCCACAAGGUCGAGCUUCUCGAUGAUGAUGACAUACUUAGCGUCGACGGUGCUCUCCUCAAAAAGCCCUUUGUUGAGAAGCCAGUCAGCGGUGAAGACCAUAACAUCAUCAUCUACUUCCCCAAAUCAAGUGGUGGAGGAGCACGGAGACUGUUCCGCAAAAUCGGCAACAAGAGUUCAGAGUACGAUCCGGAACUGAACGUUCCGCGCGCCAUUCUUGAACCGGAGAACAGCUACUUGUACGAAAAGUUCAUGCGAGUUGAGAACGCCGAGGAUGUCAAGGCCUACACAGUGGGACCCAACUAUUGUCAUGCCGAAACCAGGAAGUCUCCCGUUGUUGACGGCGUCGUCCGACGCAAUAAUCAUGGAAAGGAGGUACGUUAUGUCACUGCGCUCAACCCUGAAGAAAGGGAAAUCGCCAGCAAAAUUUCAACAUCCUUCGGUCAACGGGUCUGUGGGUUUGACUUUCUGCGAGCCGAUGACAAGAGCUACGUUAUCGAUGUCAACGGUUGGAGUUUUGUCAAGGACAAUGAUGACUACUACGAGCAAUCUGCGAAGAUCCUCAAAGAUUUGUUUGUCAAGGAGAGAUUACGAAGAGGCGGUGUGACGCCUCCCAUGCCUUCACCCGCUGUCUCGGAUGUGAUCGACCCACUGGCUCUGCGAGGCAAAGAGAAGGAGAAUGGCCAAGCGUCCGUUCCUGCGCUGCCCAUGACGAAGUCAACUGGGCAGCUGCCCGCCAAGACUGCGGCGACCUCGGGCGCCAUGAGCCUUGGCUCGAGUCCCUCGUCCCUGCCGCCACCGCCACCCCUUGUUGAGACGGGCCCUGGCAGUGUGCCGUCGGCGACACCAUCAGCACUAGCUUCCGCUGCUGCCUCCUUGAAGGGCGAUACUGCACCCGAGCCAGAAGAGGCACCGGCUCCUCCUCCACCACCACCACCGAAACAUUCUUGGAAGCUCAAGGGCAUCGUUUCUGUUAUCCGACAUGCAGAUCGCACACCCAAGCAGAAGUACAAGUUCACGUUCCACACGGCACCUUUCAUUGAACUGCUCAAGGGCCAUCAGGAAGAGGUUCUCCUGAUAGGAGAAGCAGCCUUGGCUAGCGUCAUUCACGCAGUGGAUGUUGCAGUGACCCAAGGCAUUGAGGACCCGAACAAGCUCAAGUCGCUGCGAAAUGCGUUGGUCAAAAAGGGCGGCUGGGCAGGAACCAAGGUUCAGAUCAAGCCCAUGUUCCGCAAGAAGGUCACCGAUGAAGUUGUGCCUCCGGAAGAGGUCGCCCAGAUUCUCAAGGAGGGUGUGGAAGCCAAGUUCCCUGAGAAGGCGGAUGAAAGUCAAUCCAAGACCGAUCCAGCAACGAGAACAACGCCCAAACGCCACGACUCACUCUCAGGGGUCACCAUGUCCCGCAUUACGGCCGCAGAGGAAAGUCUGGUCCUGGACAAGCUCCAGCUUAUUGUCAAGUGGGGCGGCGAGCCCACGCACUCCGCCAGGUAUCAGGCACAGGAACUGGGCGAAAAUAUGCGCAAUGAUUUCAUGCUGCUAAACCGCGACGUACUGGACGAGGUCCAUGUGUACAGCAGCUCAGAGCGACGGGUGACGACCAGCGCGCAGAUCUGGACUUCUUCGUUCCUGGGACGGAAGGAUCUCCCUGAUGACUUUAUUACGAUUCGCAAAGACCUUUUGGAUGACUCGAACGCAGCCAAGGACGAAAUGGACAAGGUCAAGAAGAAGCUCAAGGGUCUACUACGCAAGGGAAAUGAGCGGCCAUCGCAAUUUGCCUGGCCGGACAAGAUGCCUGAGCCCUCCGAGGUUCAGACGCGGGUCGUUCAGCUGAUGAACUUCCAUCGGCGCGUGAUGCAGCACAAUUUUGGCAAACUGUACAGUGGGGCCGUCAACUCUCUCAAUGCCAUAUCCAACCCUAGCAUAGACAAGAGCCAGCCAGGUGAGUCAUCGGCUGGCUCCAUGUCGUCCGCCCUGUCCCAGGCCAAUGGGAUCAACAACAUACAAGCCCGCUGGUGUUGCGGCGAAGAUGCAGAGCUCUUCAGAGAACGCUGGGAGAAGCUCUUCCAAGAGUUCUGUGAUGGGGAGAAGGUUGAUCCUAGCAAAAUCUCAGAGCUCUACGAUACCAUGAAGUUUGACGCGUUGCACAACCGUCAGUUUCUCGAGUGGGUUUUCACGCCACCAAAGCAAAUGCUCGAGGAGGAGUACGGGUAUCAAGGACAACAAAGACAGCAAAGAGAGCAGCUUCAAAGAAGGCAGUAUCAAGGAGGGCAAGGAGGGCAGAUCUGCUGGCAAGGAAUCGGAAGAAGCAAAAUAUCGCAGACUCGCGAGAGGAAAGACGGGAUAUACCGGGACAAUUCGACUAGACCGCCGAAGGAAUAUAAGCUCGAGUUCAAGAAGCUCGAGAUUGGUCUUUUGACAUCGCUACCCCUCUUGAAGGAGAUUGUUCAGGACCUCGAGGAGAUGCAAGCCUCCAAUGAUGCCAAAUCUUUCUUCUACUUCACCAAGGAGUCUCACAUUUACACGUUACUCAACACCAUUCUGGAGGGUGGCCUUGAGACGAAGAUCAAGCGGAGCACCAUCCCUGAACUGGACUAUCUCUCGCAAAUUUGCUUCGAGCUCUACGAAUCAGAGACAAAGGUGCCAGCUGAUGUGGCCACCCGCGGCGAUGAGGCUACCUUUGCGUACAGCAUCAGGAUCACCAUCAGCCCUGGCUGCCACGUAUACGAUCCUCUCGAUGUUCAGCUCGACAGCAAGCACUCCAUUAGCUGCGCCCCUCGACGAAGCUUAACCUUACAUGCCGAUUGGAUGGAGGUGAUCCGCACCUUGCGUGCCAAGUUCAACCAGGUGAAAUUGCCCAAGACUUUCCUGGCUAUCAACCUGUCUGAUCUCUUCUCAUAUGAUGAGCAAGAGAAGAAAGACGUCGAUUCGGACGGGCUGGAAAUGAAGAGCCUCGCACGCCAAUCUGCUCCCAAGAACGUCCCGGGAGAGGCCGGCGAUGUGUCUGGCCUAAGCGAUAUCACCGCGGGUGAUGUGCUCGAGAGCAGCACGGAGCUAGCGAUGACACCGAACGCAGGACAUGGUCAGCCGUCCGAGCCAUCGCUAUAA